AUGGUGGAUAAAGAGGUCAGUGACACGGACACUGGGAUCAUUCUCAACUCUGGUAAGAGCUUAACACAUCAACAAUGCUGAACCAUACAUUUGAAAGCUUUAGAUCCAUUCUAGGUUCAGAUAUAAAUCCUUACGGAAAGCACAGAACGUAUUACUAAUGCUAAGACCUAAAUCUAUCGUAUCAAAUAUUGAACUUCAGGGAGCUAGAAGUUUAUUGAUAGUAGGGUAGCUAGCUGAAAUAUCUAUAAUCUAUUAAUCUGUUAAUUCUGUGAUAAAAGCUCCAAAUGUGAUGCCUGCAUGAGGCCUGUGCUCUGUGGGAAAAGCCCCAUUAACAUAAUCUCAGGUCCCGACAGCUCCACGUCGCCGGGAAAGGACCUGACCACCCACACCCGGGUCAUGAGGCUGAAGCAGCAGGUUCUAGAGGAGCUGCUAGUAGACCUCAAGAAGCUCUGCAUUAGAGAGGCUGUGAGUAGUCACACUGUUGUAUUUAUGCAUAUCUAUACCGUUGUUGAGAUAUAUACAGUUGAAGUCGGAUGUUUACAUACACAUUAGCCAAAUACAUUUAAACUCAGUUUUUCACAAUUCCUGACAUUUAAACCUAGUAAAAAAUGACAUGUCUUAGGUCAGUUAGGAUCAGCACUUUAUUUUAAGAAUGUGAAAUGUCAGAAUAAUAGUAGAGAGAAUUAUUUAUUUCAGCUUUUAUUUCUUUCAUCACAUUCCCAGUGGGUCAGACGUUUACAUACACUCAAUUAGUAUUUGGUAGCAUUUCCUUUAAAUUGUUUAACUUGGGUCAAACGUUUCGGGUAGCCUUCCACAAGCUUCCCACAAUAAGUUGGGUGAAUUUUGACCCAUUCCUCCUGACAGAGCUGGUGUAACUGAGUCAGGUUUGUAGGCCUCCUGGCUCGCACAAACUUUUAUAGUUCUGCCCACAAAUGUUCUAUAGGAUUGAGGGCAAGGCUUUGUGAUGGCCACUCCAAUACCUUGACUUUGUUGUCCUUAAGCCAUUUUGCCACAACUUUGGAAGUAUGCUUGGGGUCAUUGUCCAUUUGGAAGACCCAUUUGCAACCAAGCUUUAACUUCCUGACUGAUGUCUUGAGAUGUUGCUUCAAUAUAUCCACAUCAUUUUCCUUCCUCAUGAUGCCAUCUAUUUUGUGAAGUGCACCAGUCCCUCCUGCAGAAAAGCACCACCACAGCAUGAUGCUGCCACCCCGUGCUUCACAGUUGGGAUGUUGUUCUUCGGCUUGCAAAUUCUCCCCUUUUUCCACCAAACAUAACAAUGGUCAUUAUGGCCAAACAGUUCUAUUUUUGUUUCAUCAGACCAGAGGACAUUUCUCCAAAAAUAUGAUGAUCUUUGUCCCCAUGUGCAGUUGCAAACCGUAGUCUGGCUUUUUUAUGGCGGUUUUGGAGCAGUGGCUUCUUCCUUGCUGAGCGGCCUUUCAGGUAAUGUCCAUAUAGGACUCGUUUUACUGUGGAUAUAGAUACUUUUGUACCUGUUUCUUCCAGCGUCUUCACAAGGUCCUUUGCUGUUGUUCUGGGAUUGAUUUGCACUUUUCGCACAAAAGUACGUUCAUGUCUAGGAGACAGAACGCGUCUCCUUCCUGAGCGGUAUGACGGAUGCAUGGUCCCAUGGUGUUUAUACUUGCGUACUAUUGUUUGUACAGAUGAACGUGGUACCUUCAGGCGUUUGGAAAUUGCUCCUAAGGAUGAACCAGACUUGUGGAGGUCUACAAUUUUUUUUCUGAGGUCUUGGCUGAUUUCUUUGGAUUUUCCCAUGAUGUCAAGCAAAGAGGCACUGAGUUUGAAGGUAGGCCUUCAAAUACAUCCACAGGUACACCUCCAAUAGACUCAAAUGAUGUCAAUUAGCCUAUCAGAAGCUUCUAAAGCCAUGACAUCAUUUUAUGGAAUUUUCCAAGCUGUUUAAAGGCACAGUCAACUUAGUGUAUGUAAACUUCUGACCCACUGGAGUUGUGAUAUUAUAGUGAAAUAAUAAAUAAUCUGUCUGUAAACAAUUGUUGGAAAGAUUACUUGUGUCAUGCACAAAGUAGAUGUCCUAACAGACUUGCCAAAACGAUAGUUUGUUAACAAUAAAUGUGUGGAGUGGUUGAAAAAUGAGUUUUAAUGACUCCAAUCUAAGUGUAUGUAAACUUCCGACUUCAACUGUAUAUAUUCUAUUUUUUUGGGGUGCAUCAGGGAGGCUGUGACUGUCUAACCUAGCCUGAGACCUGAAGACUUAUGUUAGCUCCCUGAGGUAAUGCCUAGGCUGUAGUUCAGUGGGCUAACAUAGUCUUGUGACGUGUAGGAGACCUGAGACUCAUAUAUACAUACAAAUGGUUCAGAGAAGUUACAGACUGCUCUUUCAGCAGUAACAGAGUUACAGACUGCUCUUUCAGCAGUAAUCUCUUAGGGGUAUGUUUAGAAACGACUUCAUUUGACUUUGGAUUGUAUUUAUUUUACAGGAGCUGACAGGUAAGCUGUCUUCAGACUACCCUCUACUUCCUGAUGAGAAGCCCCCUCGUGUCCGCAGGAGAAUAGGAGCUACCUUUAAACUGGACCACAGUCUCAUCUACCAGGAUGGAGAGGUACAGACCAAUAUGAACCCUUCCCACGGUCACCCUUUACACUUCCUAUAUUACACAGUAUUGGUAAUCGGUAGGGUCAGGAGUUUUUCCUAACAAUAUGUUGUAAAGCCUAUAAGCAAAGGCAAAGUGCAUAUCUGAUAAGAGCGAUUUUGAACACAGAAUACAGUAUUUACUUACUUAAACCCAGCUCAAUCAAGAAGGCUAUUAAAUUGAUAAAUCAUGGUUAUUCUUCUAAACUGAAAAAAAAUAAAUACUUUCUCUCCCUCAGGAUUCAGAGCUUCACUCCUUAGAGACAGACCUGGCCUUGCAGCUCCAGAUCGUUGAAGCGGCUCGUAGACUCUCAUUGGAGGAGCACCUGUCCAAACCACAGAAGAAGAGCAGGCUGCAGCAGUGUAACAGGGAAGAGAGGAAAGUCAAGGAUCUCCAGGAAGCUGUGUUUCAGUACAGGAUCAGGAACGAUUGCUCCUCUCCACCGACCAACAAGAAGAACAACACAGCCAAACACAGUGAGUGCUGUGCCUGUGCUACUGCUGCCACCAUCUGGCCACAUUGGGCUCUGCAGUCUGCAGGGAGUUUAGGUUAUACAGUAUCACAGAGUUUCUAAACCCAGAGGCACAACAUCGCGAUACUUCUGGGAACGCUUGCGAAGCAGACUAAGCAGACCAAGCCCGGGUUUGAGGUUUGAGAAGUCAAUGAAAGAAGUAAGAAGUUAGAAAUUAUUCCUUAGUUGUUAAUUUUCUCAAAAUGUAAAGGCACAACCUAGAUUGGAGCCAAUGUCUUAAGUAGUUGAACAUGGUAUUACUCCAACCUCGUGAAAGUGACAAACUGACACCUUGUGCCUUAGAUUUUUAUAGUACUGUCGUUCAUGCUUAAUUGGGACCAAUUAAUUUAUACAGAUAUUUUACGGAUGAUAGUAACAGGAUCACAGGCGGCCGGUGGCACCUUAGUUGGGGAAGACGGGUCAUAGUAAUGGCUGGAAUGGAAUAACUGGAAUGGUAUCUAACACAUCAAACACACAGUUUCCAUGUGUUUGAUACCAUUCCAUUGACUUCAUUCCAGCCAUUAUUAUGAGCCGUCCUCCCCUCAGCAGCCUCCUGUGAACAGGAUAUACUGAAAAAGUAUUUCAGCUACUAUUUUUAUUGGACUGUUAGACCCAAUUACAUGUUUCUAAUCAUGAGCUUAGCUAACCAACGUCUCCAUGACAUCACCUAAGCGUGAUCAGGGAUUUCUAUUGGAGAAGCAGUUUCUGCAUAUCAAAUGUAUUUAUAAAGCCCUUUUUUACAUUAGCAGUUGUCACAAAGUGCUUAUACAGAAACCCAGCCUAAAACCCCAAACAGCAAGCAAUGCAGAUGUAGAAGCAUGGUGGCUAGGAAAAACUCCCUAGAAAGGCAGAAACCUAUGAAGAAACCUAGAGAGGAACCAGGCUCCGAGGGGUGGCCAGUGGGGAUUAUAAGAGAUUAUACGAGUUAUAUGGAGAUUAUAAGAGUACAUGGAGAUUAUAAGAGUACAUGGAGAUUAUAAGAGUACAUGGAGAUUAUAAGAGUACAUGGAGAUUAUAAGAGUACAUGGCCAUUAAGGCUAUGUCUAUCUUCAUACUGUACGGUUUCUGGUUAUAUUCUCACUCAGUCUGAUGGAGGUUGGAGUUUUUUUUUUCCUCACAAUUGUUUAGUUAUUGAAUCACAUAAGCAGUACAUGUCAUAAGAAUUACACUGCAAUGUUGAUAAUUUCCACAACCCCUUCCCCUAAUUGAAUGAAGUCUUAAAUAAGCCUUAUUUUAUUUCUGUCCCCAGAUCUGUGCAUGUCUGACGACAGCUCCCUGUCUGAUGCAGUGGCCCUGGACGAUGGUGAGUUAUCAACUAACACAGUAGAAAUGCCAAUGCAAUUCAACUAUACCAAAGUGUCAUCAUGUCUGACCCUUUGUAUUGUGUCUCCUCUGUCUAUCCAUAGACUCUCUCUCUUCCUCAUCGUCUGUAGACCCACUCAUACAGUCCUCUUUGGGCUCCCUGUCCCUCCAGUCCUCCUCCUCCCAGGGCAGUCUCCAUCACACCUCAGCCCAGAGCCAGAGCCUCGGCUCCAGCUGCAGUGUGGAGCAGACCCAGACCCAGAGCCAGAGCCUCGGCUCCAGCUGCAGUGUGGAGCAGACCCAGACCCAGGGCUCCAGGAUGGGCUCCAGCUGCAGUGUGGAGCAGACCCAGACCCAGGGCUCCAGUCUCGGCUCCAGCUGCAGUGUGGAGCAGACCCAGACCCAGGGCUCCAGUCUCGGCUCCAGCUGCAGUGUGGAGCAGACCCAGACCCAGGGCUCCAGGAUGGGCUCCAGCUGCAGUGUGGAGUUUCCUGAGCGCUCCCCCAUCCAGAACUCCCCCUGGAGGGAGUCUAAUCUGGACCAGCCCUAUCUGAAACCUAACACACCCCUCUCUGUCUGCAGCAGCAGGCCCAGGUAAGAGUCCACAUCCUUUUUGGAUCGGAAUUCUGUUAACUAAUAAAGGUGGAGCAACUGAGUUUGCAGGUCCUACUUUACUUCUAUAAUAUUUAUUCUGCCCAGAACCCCAUAAAAAUAGAUUUGCUUUUGACUACAUAAACUGUACUACUCUAGCAGUUGUCUAACUCCUGCCCUGCCCCCCCUCCCCCCUCCCCCCUCUCUCUCCCUCCCUGUUUCUCUGAGCAGCACCCCAGUAGGGACCCCAGUGUUCCCUGCAGACAGCAGAGUCCUGCCCUCCCACUUCCCCUCCAUUAAGAACAUGGCUCUGAGACAUGGACAGACCAACUCCUCCAGCGCCCCCUCUACUCCAGAGCUGCACGUACGCAGACAGUACUCCCAGUCCUUCAGGUAACCAACCAACGCUUCGCAACGUCACCACCGUUACACAGAACGAUGACACCAUAACACAGAACGUAAACACUAUAACACUGAAUGUCGACACCAUAACACAGAACGUCAACACCAUAACACAGACAGUCCACACCAUAACACAGAACGUCAACACCAUAAUGCGGAACGUCAACACCAUAGCGCAGAACGUCAACACUGUAACACAGAACAUCAACACCAUAACACAGAACAUCAACACCAUAACACAGACUGUCAAGACCAUAACACAGAACGUCAACACCAUAACACAGACUGUCAACACCAUAACACAGAACGUCAACACCGCAACAAAGAACGUCAACACCGCAACAAAGAACGUCAACACCGUAACACAGAACAUCAACACCAUAACACAGACUGUCAAGACCAUAACACAGAACGUCAACACCAUAACACAGACUGUCAACACCAUAACACAGAACGUCAACACCGCAACAAAGAACGUCAACACCAUAACACAGAACGUCAACACCAUAACACAGAACGUCAACACCGCAACAAAGAACGUCAACACCAUAACACAGAUUGUCAAAACCGUAGACUGUGUUGAUUACCUUUAUUGUGUUUUGUGUGUCUAUUGUUGUGGGUGUGUAAUAAAUUAUAUUGAUAAAAUACAUUGACUAGACUAGAUCACGUUUAAUAAUGAAGUUGCUGUAUUAAUUGCACAAUAUAGGGAGACAGUAGCUCACUUUUCUCUCCCCUGUCUUUUUUCCACUUCUCAGGCUUCCCAGAAGUCAGUCACUCAUGACCUGGGUGAGGGACGUGGGCGAGCCAGGUUGCCACGCCGACGGCCAGAGUUCCUGGUUCGGUCUCCACAGUAUGCCCACCAGCGGCUGUACCAGUCCAGCUCUGAGGACAGCAGCUCUGAACACUCUCUCCCCUCCUACACCAGCCCCCUUAGCGGCUGUACCAGUCCAGCUCUGAGGACAGCAGCUCUGAACACUCUCUCCCCUCCUACACCAGCCCCCCCUGCCGGGACAGGGAUAAAGAUAAUCACAAAGACAGGGAGGGCCCCGCAUCCACCGAGAUCCCCAAGCUCUGCCCUCCUCCCUAUGGCUUCCACUACAGAGCCCAAAGUCCGACCAGCCCUGCGUUGAAUGGCUCCAACAGCCCCAGCUUUUACAAGAGUAACACCAAGCACCAGUCCUCUCCCAGCUUGAGAAGAAGAAUGGCGGCGGAAGGCACCUGUUCCCCUCUUUCCCCACAGGACCUGGAUAGUCCCUUGGGGAGGGUUCUUCACCUGUCCCCCUCCCGGCCCCCCCAGCAGCAGCACAGAUACUGGCAGCAGGCCCCCCACCGUCAUCCCCCAGGAGAGUUCUGAAGCCUCCACCCCCCUACACCCGCCUGGUACGUACCCCGUCACUGAGGGAGUACCCCAACCAAUCCGCCCGGGUGCUGCCCAGGGAGAUGGCGUCAGAGCUCAAGUCCUGGAACCAGCGGAACCAGUUCCAGAACCAGUUCCAGAAGACACACCCUGGUUCCCUGGAGCGCCUGGGGUCAUUGAGAGUGAAGAGCCCCACAUCCCCUCACCUCCCACCCUACAUGCAGGUGAGGAUGCCCCCUAACACUCACGACCAUAGCAUUACUAGCAUUUCCCAUUGAUAUUAGAACAGAUAGAUGUCGAGCUAAAGGAACAGGAAUGUAAUGUAGGGCGGCAGGUAGCCUAGCGGUUAAGAGUGUUGGGCCAGUAACCGAAAGGUCACUGGUUUGAAUCUCCGAGCCGACUAGGUGAAGAAUCUGUCAAUGUGCCCUUGAGCAAGGCACUUAACCCUAACUGCUCCUGUAAGUCGCUCUGGAUAAGAGCGUCUGCUAAAUGACUAAAAUGUAAAGUGUAAAUAUACAUGUAAUGAACAUGAAUGAAAUGUGUUGUUGUUGUGUUUCAGGGUCCCUAUCAGAAGCUGAUCCUUCAGAGGGCUGCAGAUGGAACUCCAGUACAGUGGUUCGUUGAGCCAGAGCCAGGUGUAA